AUGGCAUCUAACCUGAUAACCUCGUUCAUAUCACGAAACGCGACGACGAGGACGACUCAGUCAAAACCCACGCUCGAGGCCGUGUCGCUCACCCCGAGCGAGCCGGGAGCCGACAGCCGAGAAGACGCCCUCUCCAAGGCUGUGAUGAAGGUGCUCAAGGCACGACGACCUUCUGAUCGAGGAAUCGAGGAUCGAGGGUAUGAAGACGAGGUCUGA